GCAGGUGGCGCUGCUCUGUUUCAGAUUUAACCGCGAAUAACCACACGAAGAAGAAGGAAAAACAACUGGUUUUAGAUGUGGAGCUGUGACCCUGUAAUGAAGAUUAUUAAUGAGGAAGAAGAAAACACAGGAGACUAUGAAGAGCACAGAGACUUCAUUGUAGUGAAAGUGGAAAAUGAAGACGAGAGAGUAAUAAUGGAGGAGGAGGAGGAAUCUCAGUGUGGUGUAGUUGGAGAAACACAACCUCAACCUGCACACACUGACAAGCCUUUCACCUGUCCUCAAUGUGGCAAGAGCUUCAGAAAUAAAGGUCUUCUCAGGAGCCACAUUAAGAUCCACACUGGAGUGAAACCCUUCACUUGUGUCGAAUGUGGGAAGAGCUUCACAAAUAGAGGAAGUCUGAAGGUUCACACUCGACUCCACACCGGAGAGAAACCGUUCACAUGCUCUCAGUGCGGGAAGAGUUUCACACAGUUAGGAACGCUUAAUAAACACCAGCGAAUCCACUCCGAAGAGAAGCCGUUCGCUUGCGACGAGUGUGGAAAGAGCUUCAAAUGGGAGAACGGUUUCCAGAUCCACAAGCUCAUUCACUCUGGAGAAAAGCAGUUCAGCUGUGAUCAAUGCGGGAAGAAGUUUGUGAAGGAGUCACACCUGAAGGACCACAUGAUGUCCCACACUAAAGAGAAGCCGUACCUGUGUUCGGUGUGUGGGAAGGGGUUCGCGAGGCUGUCCACGUUUAAAACCCAUCAGAACAUACACGCGGGCGUGAAGGAGUUUGUGUGCGCAGACUGUGGAAAAGCCUUCACUACGUCGGCUGAGCUGAAACAGCACUGCAGGAUCCACACUGGAGAGAGACCCUACAAGUGUUCACACUGCGAGAAGAGCUUCAGACAGUUAGGGCCUUUACAGCAACACCAGAGACUCCACACCGGAGAGAAACCCUUCCAGUGCCAUCGCUGUGGAAAGAGAUUCACUUAUCACAAGUCUUCAGUCAUUCACAGGGAGAAAUACUGCCCCAAAUUAAUUAAGAUGACAGAGUGAUUAGUACCAUCCAGACACUGAGGUUUCUCUGAACUGAUGAUCAACAUUCACUCAUUCAUUUUCCUUCUGCUUAGUCCCUUUAUUUAUCAAGGGUUGCCACAGCGGAAUGAACCACCAACUAUUCCAGCAUAUGUUUUACACAGCGAAUGCCCUUCCAGCUGCAACCCAGUACUGGGAAACACCCAUACACACUUAUUCACAGAUACACACUCAUACACUACGGCCAGUUUAGUUGAUCAAUUCCCCUAUAGCGCAUGUGUUUGUAUUGUGGGGGAAACCGGAGCACUCGGAGGAAACCCACGCCAAUUGUUUGCCAAUUUGCACCAGAGAAUGCACAGUGGAGAGAAACCCUUCCAGUGCCAUCUGUGUGGGAAGAGAUUCGUUCACUCUAGGACAGCAGAUGUUCACAGAAAGAAGCAUUGCCCAAAACUGAAGCCUGUGCACUAGUUGUUUUACAUAAUGAAUUAUUAUGUUUAAAAACAGUUGUGUGUGUGUGUGUGUGUGUGUGUGUGUGUGUGUCAGCAGUGUGUGAAUAUCUCCAGCAGCCUCUAAUGCUAAACAUGAAUGAAUUGUGUUUGUUCUAAUCAGACUUGAUAGAACAGUCUGCAGAAACACUUUGAUUGACAUUCUCCCUUUGUACGUGUCAUCAGAGGGGGAAAGCCCCGCCUACUAGUGACCCUCAUUAGCAUAAACAGCCCUGAGUGAGAAGCAGCCAUCCAUUAGCCAUUAGAGUUUUGAGCUGGUGAAGAUAAUGUCAGCUAAUAUUCAGAGAAAGAAGCAAAUGCACAAAUAAAAAAUACAUAAAUAAAA